CCUCAAACAUCUACAUAGCUCCGCCCCAGCGGUGAGGGUAAUAUUCACUUUCCUACCACCACUCGCUGAAGAUGGGUCUCGAUUUGGCAUAGAAAUCCUCCUCCACCCACUGCUUCCCACCAAACAUCUCCAUUUUCUUUUGUUGAUAUUUCAAUUGAAAUCAUUAUUUAAAUAUAAUAAUCCGUGUGCAUAUGCAAAGACAAUAUUUUUUGCACCACUCUCUCUAUCUAUACCUUACAAACGUGCUCAUCUUAUGCUCUCAAGUUCCAAUUUUCUGUUGAUCAGAAAUUUGCAUCAAAGAAGAUGAGAGGAGGGGGUUUGUGGCAGCUGGGCCAAUCAAUCACCCGGCGUCUUGUUCAAGCUGAUAAGAAGACCAUAGCUCGUCGAUGCUUUGCAUCUGAAGCUGAUCUCAAGAAGACUGUCCUAUAUGACUUCCAUGUUGCCAAUGGCGGGAAGAUGGUGCCUUUUGCUGGUUGGAGUAUGCCAAUCCAGUACAAGGACUCAAUCAUGGACUCUACCCUAAAUUGUAGAGAGAAUGGUAGUCUCUUUGAUGUUUCCCAUAUGUGUGGGUUAAGUCUCAAAGGGAAAGACUGUGUUCCGUUUCUUGAAAAGCUUGUCAUUGCUGAUGUUGCGGGACUGGCCCCUGGGACAGGGACUUUGACUGUCUUCACAAACGAGAAGGGAGGGGCGAUUGAUGAUUCAGUGAUCACCAAGGUGACUGAUGAUCACAUAUACCUGGUCGUGAAUGCUGGUUGCCGAGAUAAGGAUCUUGCCCAUAUUGAGGAGCAUAUGAAGCCAUUCAAGUCCCAAGGUGGUGAUGUAUCUUGGCAUAUUCAUGAUGAGAGGUCUCUUUUAGCUCUACAGGGUCCUCUUGCAGCUCCAGUUCUUCAACACCUGGCAAAAGAGGACUUGAGCAAGAUAUACUUUGGAGAUUUUUGCAUGUUGGACAUCAAUGGUGCGCACUGCUUUCUCACUAGGACAGGGUACACAGGUGAAGAUGGAUUUGAAAUCUCAGUUCCCUCAGAGCAUGCAGUUGAUCUUGCAAAAGCUAUUCUGGAGAAAUCUGAAGGAAAGGUUAGGCUGACUGGUUUGGGUGCUCGAGACAGUCUUCGGCUUGAGGCUGGGUUGUGCUUAUAUGGCAAUGACAUGGAGCAGCACACGACACCAGUCGAGGCAGGACUCACAUGGGCCAUAGGAAAGAGAAGAAAGGCAGAAGGGGGUUUCCUGGGUGCAGAGGUAAUACUCAAACAAAUUGCAGAUGGUCCAUCAAUCAGGCGAGUCGGUUUUUUCUCAUCAGGACCACCUCCCAGAAGUCACAGUGAUAUUCAGGAUGAAAAAGGCCAAAGCAUCGGAGAAGUGACCAGUGGAGGCUUCAGCCCGUGUCUCAAGAAGAACAUAGCCAUGGGUUACGUGAAAUCUGGAAACCACAAGGCUGGGACCAAAGUUAAGAUUGUGAUUCGUGGGAAGUCCAACGAUGGAGCUGUCACAAAAAUGCCUUUUGUACCCACAAAAUACUACAAGCCAUCCUAAUUAUUCUCGGCUUUCGGAACUCCUAAGUUUUUCUAAUUGUUGAUUCCUUUUACAUGUUCUUGGUGAACUUGAAUGCUGCAAUCAAUUAAAGUCUCCAUUUUUCUGUUGGUGAGUUUUCCAUGGUUAUAAGGGUAAUUCAGUUUCUCAAUCCUGCAUAAUUGUCAUGUGUUUGUGUAUACAUAGGGUGGACUCAUUUGUUUGCCGUUGAUGCAAGAAACUUGGUUGAUA